AUGUCCCAAGCACAGAAGACCCGCUGGAUGCGGACGGGCGCCAUCGCCUUCUUCGUCGUCUUUCUCUUCUGGUACCUGUCUCCUAGAGGAGUCAAUGUUCGCAGUCCUGGAGUCUCGACCGGUGGCGGUGGCCAAGUCCCGGCUGAUGCCUCUUACGGCACUGAAAAGUGCUCUGUCUCCAGCUCCAAGUCGAAGCCCAUUGUCCAAUAUGUCCUGAUGAUCGACGCCGGCAGCACGGGAUCCCGAAUCCACGUCUACAAGUUCAACAACUGCGGCGCCACUCCCGAGCUCGAGCAUGAGGAGUUCAAGAUGACUGAGAAGUCUGUCGGCGGCCUGAGCAAGUAUAAGGAUGAUCCCGAGGCCGCGGCCAAGACUCUCGAUGCCUUGAUGGAGGUUGCCAUGCAGACCGUCCCCGACAAGCUCAAGUCCUGCAGCCCUGUCGCAGUGAAGGCGACUGCUGGUCUCCGUAUGGUCGGCCCUGAGAACGCUCAAAAGAUUCUCGACACCGUUCGCAACCACCUCGAGACCAAUUACCCCUUCCCCGUUGUUGGAAAAGAGGACAACGGUGUUGCCAUCAUGGAUGGUGCCGAUGAGGGUGUCUACGCCUGGAUCACCACCAACUACCUUCUGGGCAAGAUUGGCGGUCCCGACAAGAGCCCCACCGCUGCCGUCUUCGAUCUCGGCGGUGGCUCGACUCAGAUUGUGUUCGAGCCCACCUUUAAGGGAGCGCCGGAGGGCGGUAUGCCCGAGAAGCUUGCUGAGGGCGACCACAAGUACGACCUCAAGUUCGGCGGACAGCAGUUCGAGCUGUACCAGCACUCCCAUCUUGGAUACGGCCUGAUGAGCGCCCGUAAGGCCGUUCACAAGACCUUGGUCAACGAGAUGUUUGAGAGCAAGAAGACCGAUGACAGCUGGGUGAAGCAGCCCAUUGUUCACCCCUGCAUUGCUCCCGGCAUGGUCAAGGAGGUUGAGGUUGAGCUGGACGAGGGACACCCUCUUGGAAAGGCCGUCACCUUCAACUUCACCGGUCCUUCCCAAGCCGCCCCCGCGCAGUGCCGCAACCUCGCCGAGAAGAUCCUCAAGAAGGAAGAGUCCUGCAAGCUCGCUCCUUGCUCCUUCAACGGCGUCCACCAGCCUACCCUUGCCAAGACCUUCGCUCGCGAGGAUGUCUACAUUUUCUCCUACUUCUACGACCGCACCAAGCCUCUCGGUAUGCCUGACUCUUUUACUCUUCGCGAGAUGCACGAUCUGGCCAACUCCGUUUGUGGCGGCGAGAAGGCCUGGGAUGUGUUCUCCAGCGUCCCUGGCGCUCUCAAGGAGCUCCAGGACCGCCCCGAGCACUGCCUCGACCUCAACUUCAUGAUGGCCCUCCUCCACACUGGCUACGAGAUGCCCAUUGACCGUGAGGUCAAGAUCGCCAAGAAGAUCAAGGGCAACGAAUUGGGUUGGUGCCUUGGUGCUAGCUUGCCCCUCCUUUCUCCCGGCUCAGGCUGGAAGUGCAGAGUUGAUCAGGUCAACUAA